AACAGUCCGUUAUAAAUUCUGAGAUAGGUAUUAGGUAUAGUAUAAAAUAAAACGCAAUUUCGCCAAUUUGCAAUUAUUUAAUGCUUCAGUCAGUUCAAUCUUGAAUAGUUGAAUCUUCAUUCAAUUGCCGUUAUUGAACAUUUUCAACAAAAUAUAUUAAUGAAUAAAUAAUAAUUAUAGAACAUUUUUAUAAGUAACUGCCUGCUGAUAAUUGUUUAUCGUUUUUAUAAUUGUUGGAAUUAAGUAGUGUAAAAAGAGGUUGCGUGUUAUUCACACACCACGGUUGAGAUUUUGUGAACGUUUUCAACAACUAUAUUGUAGUCAGCGCUCAAAUUUCGUUGAAAGUUUGUUAACUUUCAAUAUCGCGUAUCAUCUGACAUCUUAAUUGAUUUGCCUUUUUCAAUUAGAAAUGUCGAACAUAGUGGAAAUUCCAGAUCCGCGAUCGCCUACUGUAGCUUUUGUCAGAACUCCGUUACGAGUGGUCAAAAUGAUAAUUGACGAAGAAAAUAAAUCUACAGAGACAAGAAUAAAUAAUGAGUUAUUUGAAAACACUUCGUCUGGAAGUCUAAUAAUGUCAACACCAAUUAGUAACACUUGUGAUACAGAUGAUUCAUUUCAUUCAGCAGUUGGUGAAAAUGAUUUUGAACCUUUAAUAAACAGUAAGGAUACUAAAGUAAUGAAAGACAGUAGUAAAAAAAAUAGGAGAGCACUGGGGUGCAUUAAAAAUCGUUUGAUUGAAACACCAAAAACGGAUAUGCGUCGUAAGCUUUGGCGUAACAUGGAGGACGAAAGAGUAAAAAAAGGAGUAAAUAAUGGAGUUGAAAAUACACCACCUUUACCUUUCAUGGAUUUGACUGCUUCAGCUCCACCAAAAUUAUAUAGACACCGCAAGUAUACAUAAGGUCUUUUUAUUUUUAAUACUUAAUUUAAUUUUUAUUUACAUCACCAUAAAAUUUCUGAUUUGUCAUUUACUAUACCUAUACUUUUGUUUAUUAAUCUAGUAGCAUAUUAAGGUGAAUCCAAUAUAACUCAUUCUCACUUUAUAUACAAAUUUUUUUGCACCAAUGUUUGUAAUAUACAUUUUUAUGCCUUAUAGUAAAAAAAGUCAUUAAAUAUUUCUUUUAAAACAUAAUAUAAAGUAUAUAUUAAAUUUUAUUUAUUAUGUAAUUAUUUAAUCAAUAACAUAUUAUUUUAGUGUGUAAUAUAUCUGGAUAAAUGUUUUUAAACAUAAGUUCAAAUAAAAUAUAGUUGCAUAUAUAAAUUA